UGUAAAUAUAAACAAAAUAAGUACUGCGGGCUUAUUACCGUGAAUUCCGUGCUUUCUUGAGGAAUUUACAGUUAUAAUUAAGAAAACUUUUUUUCACGCUUUAUUUUAUUUAUCAAGAACUUUAUUUGAAACUUAAAUUUAUAGUUGAAAUUUUUUCAGUGUUUUGUAAUGUUUAAAAUAAUUUAAUAUUUUUAAAAUUUUGUAUUAGCAUUAUCAAAAGAAACGCUGUCUAUAUUUAACUUAUUCUCCAGAUAUAAAUUAAUAUUACAGCUAUAUCUACAGAUUCCGAAUUUUAUAUUUUCUACAGCUUUCUAAUUAAAUAACACCUUUUUUUUUGUGAUUGAAAUGUGGAAAAUGCUUUCCUGCAGUUUUUCAGAAUUGAAUCUAGAUGUAACACUUGCAGCUGGCCAAUCAUUUCGAUGGAGUAAGUCUAAUAAUGGUGAAUGGUUUGGAGUGAUAUCAGAUUUUGUAUGUGCCUUAAAACAAGAUACAAAAGGAAAUCUGUUAUAUAAAAUUCAUAAUUCUGCAAAAAGUGAUGACAGCUAUGAACAAAGCAAACCAGAUCAAAAACGGCCAAGGAAAAGACCCAAAACAAUAAAAAACAUUUCAACACAAAAUACUAAUUUGUCUUAUAUUAAUCAUGAAGACAUUUUAAAUGAUUACUUCAACCUGAAUUUUAAUUUAGAAGACCACUAUAAUUUGUGGAGUAAGGCUGAUGAAAAUUUUAAGUCUGUUGGGAAAAUCCACAAAGGAAUUAGAAUUUUGAGACAGGAUCCUGUGGAAAAUCUCUUCUCUUUCAUUUGUUCUGCAAACAAUAACAUACCAAGAAUCACUGGCAUGGUUGGAAAACUUUGUUCAAAUUAUGGAGAAAAGCUGCUACAAAUAGAUGAUCAGACAUUUUACACUUUUCCAACAAUAGAACGUUUAGCUGCAGAUGAUGUUGAAAAUAAAUUGAGAACUUUGGGGUUUGGUUAUCGAGCUAAGUAUAUAAAUCAGACAGCUAAGAUAUUACUUAAAGAAAAACCUCCAGGAUGGUUAGAAAACCUUAGAAAAGUUUCUUAUAAAGAAGCACAUGAAGAACUCUUAACUUUACCAGGUGUUGGUGCUAAAGUGGCUGAUUGUGUUUGUCUGAUGUCAUUAGAUAAAUAUGAUGCCAUUCCUGUGGACACACAUAUAUGGCAAGUUACUCUGAAAGAUUACAUGCCUCAUUUGAAAAAUUCUAAAACAUUAACGCACAAAAUUUACCAAGAAAUAGGCGACUUUUAUCGUGAAAGGUUUGGGAAAUACGCAGGUUGGGCCAACACGGUGCUAUUUGCAAAUGACUUGAAAAUGUUCAAGAACAAUAAAGAUUGAAGUGGAGCUACCUACUUUUAUACAUAUGUAUUAAAUAAAAAUACUUUUAAGUUUUUUAAUGAAAUAUCAUGUUAUAUACUUCAGAGUUAGAACUUUAAUAGUUUUAAUCUUGCAUAGUUUAAUGCCAAAACUUGAAGUAACAUUAUUAAUUUAUAUCUUUGUGUAUCUGUGAUAUAUAUUUUUCUUCAGCAUUAAACUGCUUGAUUUUAUCACUUUUUACAAUUAAACAAAAUAGGUUUCUAAUAUUUUAUUUUAAACUAUAUUAAUGUACAAAUAAUUAGAAUUAAAGAAAAAGAGUAAAAAGAAAAGCAUUUCAAGUUUUUUUUAAAAAAAUUAUUAUGGUAAGGAAAAAUUUAGUUACACAUAAGAUCAUAUAGUUUGGAAUGUAAU